AUGGUCAACAACAACCAGUUUGCGUGCGCGCGUAACACUAUUUUUCAUUCGGCUCUUACAACAACUGACACUCAAAGAAGGCCUGGUCUUACUCAGAAAAUGGCCAAAAAGCGGAGCGAUAGGCGAGAGACAAAUGACUUGGUUUUGCCACAUGAGGAAGUGAACGCUAAGGCUACGGAUCCCAUAGCAUUGACCGAUAGACAUAAUGACACACUGGGCUCAACACGCAUGUCUAUCCUCCUCCUCCUUACUAUCUUCACCUGUUCAGCCUCAGUCAUGUACCUGGUCUACAGGAACUUCCCAGAGCUUUCAGAUGAUGAAAUGGAGAAAAUUAAAAUCCCUAAAGACAUGGAGGAUGCCAAAGCUUUGGGAACUGUGUUGUCUAAAUACAAAGACAUCUACUACAGCCAGGUUUUGGUGGCCUACUUUGCAACCUAUGUUUUCCUUCAGACCUUUGCGAUCCCCGGAUCCAUUUUCCUCAGCAUUCUGUCUGGAUAUCUCUACCCUUUCCCCCUGGCUCUUUUCUUAGUCUGCUUGUGUUCUGGUUUGGGUGCUUCCUGUUGCUACAUGCUGUCAUACUUGGUGGGUCGACCUGUGGUCUACAAAUACCUCACAGAAAAAGCCCAAAAGUGGUCACAGCAGGUGGACAAACACAGAGAUCAUUUGAUCAAUUAUAUCAUUUUCCUGAGAAUAACUCCCUUUCUUCCUAACUGGUUCAUCAACAUUACCUCACCUGUCAUCAACGUGCCCCUGGGAGUUUUCUUCAUUGGAACCUUUUUGGGUGUGGCACCACCAUCUUUUGUAGCUAUCAAUGCGGGUACCACACUGUACAAACUGACCACCGCCGGUGAGGCAGUGUCCUGGAACUCGCUUGCUGUGCUCGCCGUCCUAGCUGUGCUCUCCAUAGUUCCUGUCUGCUUCCAGAAAAAGUUGCAGCAGAAACUAGAGUAG